CUUCGUGACUCAUCGUUAAGACUUAAACGACUUAAACUCAUCGUUAACGUUUUAUUUCAGAUCAGCGAGAAAACGUCGAGAUCUGGCGCUCAUGCAUGCAUGCAGCGUUGCAAUCACGAGCUCCUCUUAUCGGCUUUUCUGUCGACUGUGAAGCGAAGAGAAAAAAUGGCAGCAGCAAAUAUGGUGCUGUGGAUGGUGCUGGGAUUGCUGGUGAGUUCCUGUCACGCAGACGGUAAAGACUAUCCUCCAAAGCCUUACAAAGAAGAGUGUCCGCCACCGCCUUACUCUUAUCCCGAAGAAUGUCCGCCACCGCCUUAUUAUCCCGAAGAAUGCCCGCCACCUCCUGAAGAAUGCCCUCCUCCUACGCCUCCUACUGAAGAAUGCCCGCCUCCGCCACCUGCUGACAAUGUCGACUGUUCCAAGUGUACGUGUAUCUGUGGAGCCUGUCCAAAGUGUGAAGCUUACCCGCCUCCGAAAUGCCCCGAAGUUCAUUGUCCCGAUGUCAAGUGUCCUAAGUGCGACUGUCCCGACUGCCCGAAGUGUCCUCCCGAGAAGGUGUGUCCUCCCGAGAAGGUUUGUCCUCCCGAGAAAGUUUGUCCUCCCGAGAAAGUGUGUCCUCCUCCAAAGGAGUGCAAGCCUUGCAAGGAGUGUUCCCCUCCAAAGAACUAUCCUCCUCAAAAGUGUCCCAAGUGUGAUGCUUGCGACAAACCAUACAAGCCAUGGCCGGAAGCUGCGGAGACUUUUGCUCCUGAGGAUGUCUCGCUGAUAAAUGGACUCCUGUCGGUGGAGUAUGCUCUGAAUGGUUACUACAAGAACGCGGCCUCUAGCAGCUUCAAGGACGUGACCGUGAAGAGGCUGGUUGGCGAUUACAAGGCUCAGACCAACAGCCACAUCAAAGCUUUGAGCGGGCUGCUCAACGAACAGGCAACGAACGAGCCACAGAUGAAUCUUAACACCACCGUCUUCUCAAAGAUGAUGACUUCGGCCACCGGCAAGCAGAGGACGUUUGAUGCUUACUCAUCCGGGACGAACUCUUUGUUGGCGGCGUCUACUCUCGUUCCUCUGGCGUCUGGCGUCUCUACUUCCAUGCUUGCCCAACUCCAAGGCCAAGCUGCCAAGAGCCUGGUGGCUGGGGUCUCGAGCUCUCUGGCCGGGCAGACGGGUGCUGUCAAUGCGAUGCUCCUCCAGCGAGCUAGCGGCAGUGUUGCCAAAGGCCUGACCGUGGGAGAAGCGUCGCAAAACUUAUCAGCGUUUGAGCAGUCACUCCAGGCGACGCCAUCGUCGUCCUCGAGCAGCAGCAACACAACAGUUGAGGUCUCGGCCGCGCAGUUCUCGGGCGCUGCUCUAACUCUUGACGCAACGCAAGCUCUGGCCGUGCUCAAGCAAAUGGGAAUUCUCACGUAAUCAACCAACAAUUGGAGAGCCUUCCAUCUCUUGGGACGUGUUCUCCCGAGAGAAUAAAACUAAGUUACGCUGACGUAACGACUAAUAAGAAAUCAAAGCUCACACACUACUGUUUUCUUC